AUGCGAGGGGAGGAGGGAGGAGCUGGCGCAGGGGCUGCUGUAGUUUAAAUUAAUGUCAACCUGACUGCUCGCCGGGAGAACUAACUCAGAGCACAGAGCGAAAGUACCUGCGAGCUGCUGCACAUACCCUCUAACAUGGCACGGCGGCCGAGAAACAGUGUUUACAGUAGUGAAGAGGAUGAGGAGGAGAACGAGAUGUAUGAACACGACUAUGAUGGAUCACUAGUCAAGACGGGGAAACGCCACCUUGGGAAAACACGCUGGACACGAGAAGAGGAUGAGAAUUUGAAAAAACUUGUCGAGCUUCAUGGAUCAGACGACUGGAAACGAAUCGCAAGCCUAUUAACUAAUCGUACAGAUGUGCAGUGUCAGCACCGAUGGCAGAAAGUGCUGAACCCAGAACUCAUCAAAGGACCAUGGACUAAAGAGGAGGACCAGAGGGUGAUCGAGUUGGUCCAUAAAUACGGAGCCAAGCGCUGGUCGGUGAUCGCCAAACACCUGAAGGGACGAAUUGGCAAGCAGUGCCGCGAGCGCUGGCACAACCACCUGAACCCGGAGGUGAAGAAGACCUCGUGGACUGAGGAGGAGGACAGGAUCAUCUAUCAGGCACACGAGAAGCUGGGCAAUCGCUGGGCUGAAAUUGCAAAGCUGCUCCCUGGCAGGACUGACAAUGCUAUAAAGAACCACUGGAACUCCACCAUGAGGCGGAAGGUGGAGCAGGAGGGCUACCUUCAAAGUGCGUCGAAGAACGGCAACUCCUCGCUCUCCAUCAACCACGGCUACGUCAAGACCAACAGUCACAUUAUGGGUUUCCCCAGUCACUCGACUAGUCAAGCGCAGCUGCCUCCCCUGUCGCCGCACAACUACAGCUACAUCUCCAACACACACAGGGUGUCCUUCCCCAUGGCGUUGCAUUUGAACAUCUUGAACAUUCCCCAGCGUGGGACUGCUGCUAUACAGAGACACUAUAGUGAGGAAGACCCCGAGAAGGAACAGAGGGUGAAGGAGAUCGAACUGUUGCUCAUGUCAACAGAAAAUGAACUAAGAGGACAGCCAUCACUACCAAUGAAUUUGCCAUAUCCGACCUGGGUCAGCCAAAGCCCUUUGACCAGCAGCUCCGAGGGUGUGGCCAUGUUGUUCCCUCCUCACCAGGAAGCGGCCCCCACCCUGCCCCUGGACCAGAGCUGCCUACCAGAAGAGAGCGCCUCUGCGACACGUGCGCACGGCAACAACAGCAGCAGCAGCAACAACAACAACAACAGCAACCGUCAUCACAGUGGCUCGACGUUCUCAAAUAAUAUUCCAGAGUUCAUGGAAUCCAUGGAAGUCAUUGAUUCAUUUCUCAGCCAGUCCAUGAGCCCAGAACACUCCGACAACGACAGUUUACCAAUGAACUCCCCCGUGGACACCAAGCCUCUGAUCGAUGUCAAGCCGCAGAAAGAGAAUGAAAUGUUCAGAACUCCAAACAUUUGCCGUUCCAUCCUGGAGUCAUCGCCUCAGACGCCAACGCCUUUCAGAUCAGUUCUGGCCCUGCAGGAAGCCAAGUACGGACCACUCAAACUACAGAACAUCCCUUUGGAGCAGCAGAUGGUCCACUCCAUCAAACAGGAACCGAUUGAGUGCGCCAUCGAGCAGCCUCCUCUGAAGAAAAUAAAACAGGAGGUGGAAUCCCCAUGUGAGAGGAGCCCGUGUAUGCAGUGGGAAGCACAGGACCUUCACACACAGCUCUUCUCCCCCAACGGCCCUGCACAAGAAGUGCCUGACCUUCUCACAAGCUCAUUGCUCAGUGAAGACGGACACAAAACGUACCACCUCACCCACAGAGGCAUGGGCAGCCCACUACAGCAGCUCAGCACCUGGGAGCAGACAACCUGCGGGAAAACGGAGGAGCACGUGUUGGCUUCGGAGCAGAGCCACAAAUACAUCAACACUUACCCCACAAGGACACUGGUCAUGUAGACGGAGACACACACACACACACACACACGUUGAACUGGAAACAUCAACACUCAGUGCGCUGGACGCAGCGUGGCGGGUUUCAUAUUUGUUGUGGUACAACAGUUGGGAGAGGCUCUAUGCCACUGGUGUUUUUACACUCACACUUGUUGGAUUUCAACCAACCAAAGACUAUACCUUUUUUUUAUUUUAUAUAUAUCUUUUACAUAGAAUUUGCUUUGGGUUUUUUUUUUUAAUUUUUUUUAUAAUGUUUGUCCUCUCAAUUUUGGUCCUAUCAUUGUAUUAUUCUCAAUGUUGUAUUAUAAAUGGGAUAUGGUGGCUAUAUAAUUUGGGCUGUAUUAUUAAUUCUGAAUUUUUGAUAUUAAUAUAAAGAACAAGUUGAUUAAUUUAUUUCUUUUGGGUUUUUUUUAUGACUUUAUUGAUGUUUUCUUUUACAAUUGGCCAAUGGAGCAGUGUUUUUAAGUUAAGUAUUUAAGCCCUCUUAGCAUUAUCAUAUAUCUAAUGGCAUAUUAAUGAUUUCAAAACUGACCUCUGAAACUUUUCUGUUGCUUUGUUUGUUGUUCAAAUGGAUUGAAUGGGUCUACUGAAAAUUUCAAACGUUCGUGCCACCUCGUCUCUCCUUCACAUCGUUAUUCAACUACAAAUCACCACGUCUUUUUACAGCAGGAGAGGCCUUAUUAGUAUUACCUAAUUGCCACUGGGGCACCUUUAUUUAUACAUAUUAAUUAUUAAAUUAUGACAAUCAAUUUGCUAUCAGUAAUAUAAUUCGUUUCAUGUACGACGCAUGACUAUGAUGUUACAUUCUUUCAUGUUUGAAACCAUGAGCUUUUACCCAGUAAAAGUAAGGACCAACCUGCACUUGAGUUUUAUAUUCUCCAUUAAAAAAAAAAGCAAGAGUACGAAACACUGAUAUUUUAUAUUAUGCUACAAACAAAAGCCCAGUCGAAACUUUUGUAUGGUUUUUGUUUUUUUCUAAUUGUUUUGUGUAUUUUUUUAAGUUUUUUUGUAACGCAUAUUCAAUCAGCAUUUUGUUUUUAUACCGAGACUGCAGUAGCCCGUGUGACACACUUAGCAGACGACUUGUUUUACCGUAUUUUUGAUGCCUUGUUUUUAUACUAGCUUUUGAGCAAAAGUAAUUUUAUGAAAGCAUUUAUACAUGCCAAGUUAUUUUUUUUUUUUUUUUUUUUUUUAUGUCUUUUUAUACUUUUCUAAACUGCCUAGUAAAUAAAGUGUGUUGUUUUAUUACA